GAGCAGUGGCUGACCUGGCCGCAUGUGUGCUCUGUGGCGGCACGCUAACGACUACCAUCGGCAUAUUCUUCCGGCAGCCAGAGUCCGAUUCCGCAUUUUUCCCCUCGCCCCCCUCGCACAAAGGAGACCGCUGCCCACCUCCAAAUCUGGCACGCUAGCCUCGCUUCCGGCCUUCUGACUUCGGAGGCCUAAGCUAAGAGGCACGCGCGCGCGGGGCCGAACGGGCAGGAUGAGCUCCGGCGGCUGCUCGACGUGCCUCGAGGUCAUCUUCUCCGUCGUCCUCCCGCCGCUCGGCGUCUUCUUCCGCUACGGCUGCUGCAGCCCGGAGUUCUUCGUCUCCCUGCUGUUGACGGUACUGGGCUACGUCCCGGGCAUCAUCUACUCCCUCUGGGUCAUCCUCCGGACGCCGCCGGAGCCGCCGGGCAUCGACGGGGAACGGCCGUACGACAUGCUCGCCUGACGAGCUUGUUCAGCUCUCGGUCGCCAUCGCCGCCUCCACAACCGGGAGCACGUAGGCCUAUACAACACACCGCUGUAGUUUGCUCAUUUUCUGUACUUAGCCGCGAUUUGCGACGCGCUGUAGGUAGCAGGUGGUGGUUCAGGACAUUCCUGACUGUAUUUUUUAACAGAGAAUUCCUUAUUUGUUAUUGUAAGAUAAUGUGAUUAUAUAUUUAUCACUCUACGAAAUAAACUUUUUUAUUUGCUACUGUUUCUAA